AUGAAAAAACAACAGCAACCGUUGUCGAAAAAAACGAUCAACAAGUCUACUCCUAUAUCUUAUUCACGUUCAACUCUAAUACUGAAUCGUCUUAGAGCUAUACCGAAUGGUCGUAAUGCUAUUGCUUCGUCAUCGUACUUCACAUCAUUAUCUCAAUCUGCUCUCACUGCUACCAACUCGAAGAACAAACAAACAGUUGAUGUUAGAAAACAUGGACAAUCAUCAGAAAAUAAAGAGAAUGAUGAUAGUACACCACCUAUCUUGCAUUUGUAAAUAUUUUGCUUCUCUUUUGAAUGAAGUACAUUAGUGUUUAUGGUCUUUUUUUUAUUUGCAGUCCUACUACACUCUAAAAAAAAUUCGGUAUUUGUCCCUAUCGGAAACUCUUUUAGGGUUUCCGAAGGCUCGAAAACGCUCAAGAAAAGUUUCCGAAUGACUCGGAAACCCUAAAAGAGUUUCCGAUA